AUGUCUUCUGUCGAAGAAUUGACUACCCUUUUUGCCAAUGCUGGUUUCGAAGAUGCCAAAGUGAAAGAAAUCACCAAAAAUAAAAAAGUUUCAGAAUCCUUAUCUGCUUUGAUAAAGGAGGCUCCAACUGAAUAUACAUGGAACAGAUCUACCAGAGCAUUAGUUCAUAAUUUAGCAUCCUUGGUCAAAGGUACUGAGGUGCCAGGCUCUAAUUUAAUUGUUGAAGGUAUCUGUAAAGAGGAUUUAAAAACUAAUUUACAAAUCUCUGCUGCUUUCAAGUAUGUUAAAGAACAUGGUACGGCUACUACUGUUGCUGGCUUGAAUGAAAAUUCUGGUGUUGGCAUUGAAGUCACUGAAGAUCAAGUUAGAGAAGAAGUUAUUAAAUAUAUUGAAGCUAACAAAGAAAAGAUCUUACAAGGACGUUAUUCAUUAGUUCCAGGUAUUUUUGCUGAUAUUAAGAAUCUACCUGAAUUGAAAUGGGCUGAUCCACGUUCUUUUAAACCAAUAAUUGAUCAGGAAAUUUUAAAAGUCUUGGGUCCAAAGGACGAAAGAGAUUUAGUUAAGAAGAAGAAAGGUGGUGAUGCUAAGAAGAAAGGAUCUAAUGGGAAGAAAAAUGAUAAAAAGGAGAUUGAAGAAACUGGACCUAAGAGAACUAUGUUCAAUGAAGGGUUCUUGGGUGAUUUACAUAAAGUAGGUGAAAAUCCACAAGCUUUCCCAGAAUUAAUGAAAGAACAUUUAAAGAUUACAGGUGGCAAAGUUCGUACCAGAUUCCCACCUGAGCCAAAUGGUUAUUUACACAUUGGUCAUUCUAAGGCUAUUAUGGUUAACUUUGGUUAUGCUAAAUAUCAUGAUGGUGUCUGUUAUUUAAGAUUUGAUGACACCAAUCCCGAAGCAGAGGCUCCUGAAUAUUUCGAAUCUAUUAAGAGAAUGGUUUCCUGGCUAGGUUUUAAACCAUGGAAAAUUACUUAUUCGAGUGAUUAUUUUGAUAAAUUAUAUGAAUUAGCAGAAGUUUUAAUCAACAACGAUAAAGGUUAUAUCUGCCAUUGUACUGCAGAAGAAAUUAAACGUGGCCGUGGUAUCAAAGAAGAUGGUACUCCUGGGGGUGAUCGAUUUGCUUGCGUUCAUCGUAACAGACCAAUUGAAGAAAAUCUAAAGGAAUUUAGAAGUAUGAGAGAUGGUAAAUAUCAACCAGGUGAAGCUAUCUUAAGAAUGAAACAAGAUUUAACUUCUCCAAGUCCACAAAUGUGGGAUUUAAUUGCUUAUAGAGUAUUAAACGCACCACAUCCAAGAACUGGUACUAAGUGGAAGAUUUAUCCAACUUACGAUUUCACCCAUUGUUUGGUUGAUUCUUUUGAAAAUAUUACCCAUUCAUUAUGUACUACAGAAUUCUACUUAUCAAGGGAAAGUUAUGAAUGGCUAUGUGAUCAAGUUCAUGUCUUUAGACCAGCUCAAAGAGAAUAUGGUCGUCUAAAUAUUACUGGUACUGUAUUAUCUAAAAGAAAAAUUGCUAAAUUAGUGGAAGAAAAAUAUGUCAGAGGUUGGGAUGAUCCAAGAUUAUUUACUUUAGAAGCUAUUAGAAGACGUGGUGUCCCACCUGGCAGUAUUUUAUCAUUCAUUAAUACUUUAGGUGUUACCACAAGUACAACCAAUAUCCAAGUUACCAGAUUUGAAAGUGCUAUUAGAAAGUACCUAGAAGACUCAACACCAAGAUUAAUGUUUAUUCUAGAUCCUAUUGAAGUUGUUGUUGAUAACUUAGCUGAUGAUUAUGAAGAAUUAGUAUCCAUUCCAUACAGGCCAGCUACUCCAGAAUUUGGUGAAAGAAAUGUUCCAUUUACCAACAAAUUCUACAUUGAAAGAUCAGAUUUUUCCGAAGAUUCUUCUAAUAAAGAAUUUUUCAGAUUAACUCCUGAUCAAUCAGUUGGUUUAAUUAGAGUUCCUUUUACAGUUUCUUUCAAAUCUGUUGAAAGAGAUUCAGAUGGUAAAAUUAUCAGAAUUCAUGUCAAUUAUGACAAUGAACCACAAGGAGGUAAGCCAAAGAAACCAAAGACUUAUAUCCAAUGGGUUCCAGUUUCUGUUAAACAUAAAUCUCCAGUUAAAGUUGCAGAAACUAGAGUUUACAAUCAACUUUUCCUAUCUGAAAACCCAUCAUCUAAUCCAAAGGGUUAUUUAGCUGACAUUAACCCAGAGAGUGAAGUUGUUUUCAGAAACUCUGUUAUUGAAAGUAAUUUUGAUCAUGUUAUUAAGAAUUCACCAUGGGUUGUUGAUUCUGUCAAAGACAAUGAAUUCUAUGUCGAAGAAGAUGUUAAAAGCAAGGAGAUUUGUAGAUUCCAAGGUAUGAGAGUCGGUUACUUUACGCUAGAUAAGGAAAGUACAGACGACAAGAUAAUAUUGAAUAGAAUUGUCAGUUUAAAGGAUAGCACUAAAUAA